GGCAACGCCCGCAGGUUCGCUCGCUCGCUCUCGUGGUCUCCCUUCGGAAUCGGAGCGCUCAGCACCACCCGCGCCGGGUGUGGAGGGGGCUGCAAAAGCCACCCUUUGGCCCCCAUCCCAGGCCGGGAGACACGGAGCGGGGAGGGCUGUCGCUGGAGGGAAGAGGGUUAAUGCGGGGCGGAGAGAGCAAACACGGCGGCUGCCGGAGAAAGGCUGAGUCAGAAAAGAGAGAACCUCUGAAAAGGGAAAGAGUUGGAGGGUAAAAUGCAUCGAAAUGUUUAAUAAAAGUGAAAUGAGGUAGAAAAAUCAGUGUGAAGGAAACAAGGCCGCUGGAAAAGGCUGAACUAAAGAUGCAUCAAGGUUGGUCUGUUUUAGGUUUCAAUACCGCAUCUGUUCCGGUGGUAUCGCGGCACCGCUCGAGGCAUGGAGGGCCAGAUCCCCAAUUGCUGCAAAUGGCAAGUGGAGCUACACUGAGCUCCGCCAGCUGAGGAUCUGUCCCAGAGGAAAUAUAGAAAGAAGAGUGGGGAACCCCCAGGGAGGCGCAGACCGUUGCUGUUGAGAUGGAGUCAGUGUUUCUCAGUCUCUCCCUGAGUCUAGUCUUUAUAGUAGCAGGAUGGGGAAACAAGACUGGAGUGGCCCUGGCAACAUAUCACAGGACCUGCAAACUAGUGCACAGAGCUGUGGAUUGCAAUCGGAGAUGGCAAGGCACAGUCCCGGUAGACCUCCCAGCUGACAUAGAGGUGCUUUUCCUGGAUCACAACACUAUACGGACCCUAAAGAAUACCUCUCUGCGGCAAUACCAACAUCUGGAGACACUGAGCCUGCUUGAGAACAGACUGGAACUUAUUGAACCUGGGGCCUUCCUUGGCAGCAGAGACCUCAAAAAUCUCUUCUUGGCAGACAACACCCUCUUUACAAACUACUCUGUGACGGCUGCUGCUCUUUGCUCCUUACCAGCCUUGAGGAAACUGGAUCUGUCUGGGAAUCAUCUCACUGAGAACAUGGUGGCUACCAUGCUCUGCAACCUGUCCUCAUUGGAGUCCUUGUCGCUGGCCAGGAACAUCAUAAUGCGCUUGGACUCCUCUGUCUUUGAAAACCUGAGCCAGCUGCAGGAGCUGAACCUGGAGAAGAACUACAUCUAUGAGAUCGAGGGGGGCACCUUUGAAGGCCUGCAGGGCCUGAAGAUGCUUAAUCUGGCCUACAACUACAUUCCCUGCAUCGUGGAGUUUGGUCUGACCCAGCUCAAGAUGCUUAAUGCCAGCAACAACAUCAUCGAGUGGUUCCUGGCCGUAGAGGGUGAUGCUGUCUUUGAGUUGGAGAUGCUAGAUCUCUCCCACAACCGGCUCCUGUUCUUCCCGCUACUACCAAGACAGAGCAAACUGCGCUCCCUGCUGCUGAGGGACAAUGAGAUGAGCUUUUAUCGCAAACUUCCCAAUGCUACGUCCCUCUUGGAUAUCACAGUGCAGUUCCUUCUUAUAGAGGGCAAUACCACUAAUGUCACUACCCUCAGUCUCUGGGAAGAGGUCAGCCUGAGCAAUCUCUCUUCCUUGAACUUUCUGGAUAUGAGCCAGAACCAGUUCCGGUACCUCCCUGAUGGCUUCCUGGGAAGGAUGACUUCCCUCUCUCAUCUGAAGCUUAACCAGAACUGCUUAGAGACCCUUCACAUCCAGGAGAGAGAACCCCUGGGCAUGCUCACGGACCUUGAUCUCAGCCAGAAUCAGCUCUCAGAACUGCAGGUGGAUCUAGGUUCUGAAGGCACCCUUCCAAACCUUAGAUUGUUUAAUCUGAGUGCCAAUAGGUUGCAGAGGGUGCCGCCUAACAUUUUCACCCACACAGAGAUCACUACAAUUGACCUCAGUCACAACCACAUAGACCUGUGUCCCCAGCAAGCUAAUGCAGAUGGGUCUGAAUAUCCCAUCUGCAUAGACUUAAGGAAUGUAACAUCCCUCAGGAAACUUUACUUGGCUGGGUGUGACCUGGAAAUGGUGGCCAGCAAUACUUUCAGUGGGACACCACUAACACACUUAGAUCUGUCUAACAAUCAGAGAGCACUGGCUGGGGGCCUACAACCUCUAAAAGAUAUUGCACUAAUGCUGCAGGUUUUAUCUCUCAGGAACACUGGCCUCUCUUCCACCAUGGAAGAUAUUGACUUCUCUGGCUUUCAGAACUUGGUAAGUUUGGACCUCUCUGAAAACUCCCUGACCAGCUUCCCAGAGUCCUUGAGUGGUCUGAAACUGCAUACCCUGGAUCUCCGGAGAAACCGUCUUCCCUCUCUUCCACAGCACUCAAUGCAGAAGCAACUUGGGAGGAGUCUGAGUGUGCUGUACCUCAGCCAGAAUCCAUUUGACUGCUGCAAGCUGGAGUGGUGGGACUUCCUUCACAGUCUCAGGACAGUGCGUGUUGUGGACAGGGGGCAGGUCACCUGCAACUACUCCUCUAACAUUAUUAAUACAGUGGGGCUGCCUGAGUCUGUGCUCCAGAGCUGCAGGUGGAUGACAGUGAAUAUGGCUUUGUUGUACCUGGUGCUUACUCUCCCUGCCUGCCUGACCCUGCUAGUUGCCUUUGCUGUCAUCUUCCUUACUUUCAAGCACAAGCUGCUUCAAAUGGUGAAAAACCAGUACAGAGUGUCCAGCCCAUACUGAUCUCUGUGGGCAAAGGAUUAGGCUGUUGGCACACAGAAUGCAGACAGAGUAGUAACUCUGUGAUCAAUGUGAGGGGCCGAGAGGAGAGUUAGCAGGGGUGCUUUGGAGGGAGCGGCCAGGAUACUGGCUCACUGAUGUUCUCAUUGCUGCAUUUUGAGUGAGUCGCUUCCUGAUGCAUGUUCUCCCGUUGCUCUGGGCAGGGGUAGGGCCUUCUGCCGGGAAGCAUAGUGGAGGCACUUGGAGUUUAACUCAGGGAGCACAGGGUUCAACAUGGAGUCAGAAGGCAAGAGAAUGGAGAAUUAGUGAUUGGAGUAAAGAAAAUGGAUUUUAAGACACUGAAAAUGAGUAAAUGGGAGAGAAAUUCAGAAGGGAAAGGUGAGGAUCAUGAUGAGGAAGAGCUGAAUAUAAAAUUAGAAAGGGCAAAUAUUAAGAAAAACCAAUGAGGCAGCUGCAAAGUGGACUCAUUGGAUGCCAGGGAAGGAGAGGCAGGUGAGAUCAUCACCCUUUGCUAGAGGCUUCACUGGUGGCUAAGGAAGGGAGUUCAGGGUACAUAAGUCCUGUGAAAUACACCUCUACCCCGAUAUAACGCUGUCAUCAGGAGCCAAAAAAUCUUACUGCAUUAUAGGUGAAACCGUGUCAUACCAAACUUGCUUUGAUCCGCCGGAGUGCGCAGCCCCACCCCUGGAGCGCUGCUUUACCGCGUUAUAUCCAAAUUUGUGUUAUAUCGGGUCGCGUUAUAUCGGGGUAGAGGUGUAUAAAGCAAAUAUGCAUAUGUAUACACUAUAAAUAUAAACCAAUGAAGCUGCAGUUCUGAGUUAAGGCCUACAGGGAUCUAUUUUCUCCUAAUUGGAAACAUAAAUUCCCAUUCAUUACAAUGUACUUGAAUUUAUGUUGAAAUUGAACAGUCUUGGUCAAAUCAGAGUGCGAGGAUGUACAGUUGCUUUUCCCUCCCCACUGUCACCCUCAGACAUUAUACAUUUAUUUAUCACCAUAGUGUCUAGGAGAUGUAUGGUUUUGUGUUAUACAAAAACUGUUUUACAUUUAUGUAGUCCCUUGAAUGCUGAUUAGCAGAAUGGGGGUUGGUUUGCAUAAGGACUAAUUAAUUCUCAGUUGAGUAAAUGAGAAUAUUGUAUAUGUAUUAUGUGCAAAAUAGAAUAUGCAGGUGAAGUGUGAGAGUGAAAAUCCUCAUUCUAUUUAUUGCAAUGUGGUUAUUGCUCAACCAGUAUUUCAGAGUUAAAUAUCUAGCCCAUUUAAAAUCAUUUGGUCAUCUUUGUAAAUUAAUGACCAAGGUUAAACUGCAUAGAUGACCCCUUGCUAAACUUUACUUUUUAAUCAACUCAUUUUGAGCUGUAUAAUGUAAAAAAAAAGUCCCCAUCACCUCAAUGAUUAAACUUUGAAGUACACACUUUAGUUAAUGUUUUUUGAGGGUGAGGCUUUAUUAAAAGAAACAAACCAGGAAAUGUUUUUCCCUUGGAUAUCACUUAAUAUGGCAAAUUUCAAUCUGUGAUUGUUUCAAAUUUUCACCCCUUUAAAAAAAAAAAGGUCAAAAGAGAUUGGAAACUGGAACCACAGCAACAAUAACAGCAGUGAGAGAACACAUCUCAUAUUUACAUUUUGGUCUCUGUAGAAACAAGCACAUGACAAUGGAAUUGGCAGCUGUUCUUGACUUACAAACACAUACAAGUGAUGAUUAGAUUUGUUUGAUAAGAUGUGUAGAACAAUGCAGUUGAACAUUUCUAGGCUAUCCAUUCUGGUGUCAUCAAUUAGGUUUAAGUAGCUAUCCCAAUUAAAGAAGAGGCCAUUUAAAAAAAACAGGUCGGGAAUAAUGUAAAAUUGAA